AUGCUGCCAACACAAGAAAAUAUAGCCAUACAAACGGAUAUAUUACCAACACAAAACAUAGGACAUCUAGACCACAACCAACCACAAGUAUAUUCGAUACUGUCUGGUUCUAAUAGUUCUUCAUCAAUAAAAAAGCCUCGUCGAAAAAAGACAACGAAAUUAGAGGAAACUAUCCCCGUGAUGAUUAAUCCACAGAUAACAAGAACACCUACUGGUGUCACUUUUGGUAUGCCUCAUCAUCGUAAUAAUUCAAUGACAUUACCAGAAUCUAUACCACCCUUCGUAUCCACACGUCUUAUAAAUGGUCAUACGCUUCCUUUUAGAGUUUUUAUAGAACAUGAUUCCUAUGAUGCAAAUAAUAAUAUCAAUAAUAAUCAUAUUUCAUCACUUUCUAUGCCUUUAAAUUCAUCAGUAUCAGUUCAAACUGAACAAAAUCCUCCAUGUUUCAAUGAUUCCGUGCCAGUCACUAAUUCAAAUUCGAUGUCCCAAAUGGUUUUAGAAUCACAGCUAUUCGGAUUGAACCGAGUACCAAACAAUAGAACUGACGAAAGAACAGCAUCAGUAUGUUCAAGGCAGUCAAAUGAAUAUAAACAUCUUAAUCCAUCAUUUACAUACAAACGUCAAGGGUCUCCGAUUACUCAUUCCCACACUAUUUCAUCAUCAUCAUCUUCCAUAUCUGCAUCUACUACUAUUGCACCUACAAGAACAAAGAACAAAUAUACCAAAAGACUAGAUUCUCGAACUCCUAUCGAACAGUUACACCCUACACAACACACCUCUUCAUGUCUAACUACUUUUACACGGUCUACAACUUUCAAUGGUUUGCCAUCUAUAAUACCAACAUCUGUAACUGCAACACCGAUUAAUUCUGACGAACCUCCGUUUUCAAUGGACAUAUCAACAACAACGAAUUUCAUACCAUUAACACCACCUGCUUCGAUAAGUUCAAUAAAAUCUCCACCGACUAACAUUAAUAAUGAGUAUUCAUUAAUACCAGUUCAAAAAAAUUUAUUAUCACAGACUACAAAUAAUAUUGCGGAUGUAAACUCAAUACCGAAACAAUACUUUCAUGACCAAGGAUUUUCUCAUAUGCAAAACACAAUUAAUAAUUCAUAUACAAAUAGUUUGCCAUACAAUUUACGUCGUUUAUUAGCUGCUAAUAAUCAGCAAUACUGUAUGGUUCCUUCUGACUUAAUACCUACAAACAUUCUACCAAUGACAUGUACUUCUAUUUUACCUGGAACUAUCACUACUACUCCUUCAAUAUUUAUACCAUCUGAGAUAAAAAAGGAAAAGAAAAAAUGCGUCCGAAAAACUAAAGUUAUGCAAAAUCCUCUAGUGGAAAUUUCAACUCAUGAAAAAUCUGUGACUUCUAAAUCAUUAACAACAGCCAUAUCUAUGACUACUAAAGAAAGAAAACAUAAAUAUUCAAGUCAGAAAGAUAUACGAACAAAAAAACAAUUACGACGUUUUGCACGUCGACAUCGAUUGGCUGUUUUGAAGUUCAUGAUGCGAAAGCGAAAACAACAAAAACAAGAACGAAUCUCAAUACAAAAGCUUCCUGAUGUCAAAACAGAACAAGUUGUACCGAAAUUAGUCAGCACUCACAUGGUAAAUUCAGACAACGCUGAGCCACAUUUACCAGAUAUUAUUGCACCAAGUUUGAAAAUUUCCUUUGAUGCAACUCAAAAUAUCGAAUCGAUUUCUCUUUAUUAUCAUCGCCGGCAUAAACAUGACAUUACGAGUAAGAGUUCUUCAAGUGCAUUGAGUAACAGCGACAAUAAACUGAGUUUAUUGAUUGAAGCAGUCGAACUCAUCGAAACUUUGCAUGGCAACUUGAAACACGUACUACCUUCAGAUAAAUAAAUAACGCAAUAUUAAGAAAACUUAUCCAUAGUUUUUAAUGGUUCAAAUUUUGUUUGAUCUUAAAUCAAGAAAAUUUUAUUUCAUGCGUGCACAUUUCCCAGAAUCAAAAAACAGAUAAUUAUUAUCUUUCAUAUUUUGUGAUCGUAGAGUUUUAAAUUAGACUUAAUUUAUUUCGACGAUAAAUAUCGUUUUUGUUGGAUCAACGACUAAACAUUGUACAAUAUCCAUCAUUCAUAGAGAGUACUGAAAGAUCGUGAUUCAAUUGAACUUGUAUACAAAAAAAUCAAUACUUAUGGAUAUACAUAAGUUCAAAAAUAGUAAGAAAAAACAUCGAAAUAUCCUUAGGAAAACAUGAAAAAAAUCCAUUUUGAAAUAUUAUACUAAACGAACUGGAACUCAUAUCGUAUGUAUCCAUCCAUGUAGAAUAGUAGACGAAAAAAAUAACCAGAAAAUAUAAUAUAGACCAACAUGGUAUGCAAGUCUAAAAGAAUCAAUGAAUAAUUUUAUAUUCGGUGAUUUUGACUACUAAAAAACGAUAUAAUCAUUGUACUAUCGAGUAGGUAGUUUUUUUUUUCAAAAUCUAAAAAUAUAAUAUUUCAUCAAGUAGUAGUUUUCAUGUGUAUCAAAUAUUUCUGAGCUCAUGUCAUUCAGCAGUGCAAGAUUUGUAUAUCAUAAAGCUAACUCAGCACGAGAGAUUUUAUUCUGCGACUUCGGUGACCUACAGAAUUUUUAUUUUUGAGACUUUUCUGAUGGAGUUUUUUCUGUCUGAUAAAGUUGUUCUUGCAAAUUUCCACUAAGCGAAGAGCUUUAUUGGAAACUCUUAGCCCUCAAACAAGCCUUAACAAACUCCUAGAGUGUAGCUAAUUUAGAAUAGGAGUUUAUACUCUCUUUUAAGAGAGGGUCCGCGAGAAGACCACCCUACUCUCCAUAGAGGUCGGCGGGGAAAAAAAUUUUUUUUUCGAUUUUAUUUUCUUAAAUGAUAGGUCUAGAUAAACUAUACUUAAAUCCAAAAUAUUAGGCCAUUUGGUUUUACCUAUGAAAAAUGCCACCUAAAACAAGUUUGAGGGGGUCAAAAUUGACCCUAAAAAGUCACUAAAAUUGGGUGUGGUCAGUAUUUUGGCAAUUUCUCAUGAAUGGUUUGACCGUUUGAGAUCAGACACCUCUCAUUAGAUAGAGAACAGUAUAGGCUACAAAUUUAUCCUAUUUUGAUGAUUCAUAUCUGGGAUAAAAGAAACGCUAUAGAUCAAAAACCUUCAAAAUUUCAAGAAAUCCUACACUCUGAGAUAGCAGUAUUUUGGGCUUUUCUUGAGUGGUACAAGCGAUACUAAACUUCUUUUUUUACCAGACAUAGAUCUUGUCAAGAUACAUCUUUUUGACAUUAAAUUGUCAAGACAAAAAAACUCGGGAGCCAAGUUAGCAUGGACCACACUGUGGCCUGUUCUACCUAGUCAGCAUUGAUCCUACCCCACAAAGACAUACAAUUUCUACAAAAAUCACGAAAAUGGACUUCAGAUUCGUGUUCAGCUUGAAAAACUAGGCUAGAUAGGUUAUUUUAGAUUGAUUCCUUAUUUGUACCAAAUGUGCUGAAGAUCAUGGGUCCACCUCAUGGAUAUAUGAUCGAUAUAUGCCACGGUAUUUUGAUAAUAAUUCACCAAUAUUCAUAGCUAUCG